AGUGUCAGUUUAGAACUGUCAAUAGCGUCAAUUUUAAGCGGCCGAAUUUAAUUUGUUUUUGUAGAAAUAAAACUUUUAAUUUAUCAAUUUAGUUCACUGCUAAAAAUGGAGAAUAGUGGUUAUCUUUCAAUAUCGGAUAUCUUAGUUACUAAUGAGAAAAUUCCAUGUAAAUUCCUUCAUGAUUUACCAAAAAUGGGUUUCUUGGAUCCAUCGGCCUCAGAAGACGAUUUGAAAGCUGGCACAAAUGUAGAAAUACCGCUGUGGUUAGCUGAAUCUUUACACUCAAGAAGACCGCCAUUGGUUGCGGUGGAUUUACCAAAAAUUUAUAAAGAUUCGUAUAGAGAAAUUCUAAACGCUGAUGCUUGUACCGUAGAUAUGCACAAAUUAAGUCAAUAUUUCUAUGAAUUUGGAUGUUACAUAGCAAAGCAUGACAUCAAGGGGGAAGUUUCCAAUACUCUUAUCAAUACCUUCAGACAAAGAUUCAGGAUGCUGUUGUCAGCCAGUGUGUCGACAGACUCAGUGGGGGCUAUACAGCCUCUGUCAGUCAGCGAACGACUGCAGGCUGCAGCAGCUGCCAAUACUGAGAAAGCCCUCUCAGAAUGGCUACAAAGAGGAGACAGCAUACUCACUACUGCAAACAUGGUUGCUAACCACAGAAAACGGAAAAGAGCUGAAAUGGAGAUGCAUUGAUUACAAACUUAGAACUAUAAUAAAUAUAAAUUAAGACUACUGUUUUGAUUUUCCUUAUGAAAUGUUGUUGUAUACUUGAUUUGCUUGUACAGUAGUUAAAUGACAGUAAUCUUAAUAAAUAUAUUAUUGUAAGAAGAAAAAUUAUCAAUUGAUUAAUAAGUAAAGAAGUGUUUUUGCCUUAGUAAUUAAUAAGAUGUUGUAAUGAGAUAUAACAAUGACUGAUUGGAAGAUGUUGAAUGAAUAUAGUAAUAUAAUUAUGUAACAAA